AUGGAUAUAUUAUUCUUAUUAUUGUUUUUUUUUUUUAUUGAAAUUAAUUGUAAAAAUUUUAAUUUGAUUUCCCUUAAAAAUAUUCUUUAUAUUAACAAUACAGAUAACAAAAAAAUAUUAAAAUUAUAUAAAUUGAACUAUGGAAGAAAAAAAUUUACGUUUGUAUGUAAAAAUGAUAAAAAACUUAAAAAAAAGAAAAAAAUAAAAUAUUUUAUAAAAAGUAGUGUUAUUAAUAAAAAAUAUAGUAUUAUGAGAAAAAUUAAAACAUUAAUAUAUACAAAAAAAGAUGAAGAUUAUAAUGAUACAUAUAAUUCAAUUAAUAAAGAUAAGAAUCUUAGUGAAGAAUAUGAGAAGAAUAAUUUAAUAAAAAACGAUAAAGAUUUCAUUGACCAAAUAAAGAAAAACAUGAACCCAAAUGAUGAAGUAACAUAUAAAUAUGUAGAAGAUAUGGAAUUAAAAAAAAUAAAUAUUAGAGGAGUAGAUAUUGAAUAUAGAAUAUAUAACUUAGAAGAGGGUAUAUAUAUAGUAGAUGAAGAAAAUUAUGAAAAAAUAAAAAAACUAUGGAAUGAAGAGGAAUUAAAAAAAGCAAAAGAAAAUUUUGAAGAAAGUUUUGAUAUAAAAAAUCAAGGGAUUAAAGAUAAUGAAUGGAUAAUGUUCCCAUUAGAUUAUGAAGAAAAUAAAAAUAUAAAAUUAAUAAAAGCUGAUUUUGAUAAUCCUACAUACGAUUAUAUAUUAACCUAUUAUGAUAAAGAAAGAGAUUAUUAUUGGAAAUAUAAAAGAAGAAAUUUUUAUAAAAUGUUUCGAAAUACUAUACAUGAAAAACCACCAUAUAAAUCUGAAUUAGAAAAAGACAAAAGAUUUUAUGGUAAAGAAAUUAUUAUACCUAAAAAAGAAUUAGAUAACAAAAUAUUUAGACAACCAAUGUUAAGUGAUGUUCUGACUGAUGGAUAUAGUAAGGAACCAAUCGGUUUAGAAUCGUGGAGAUUUGUUAAAUAUCCUUAUGGUAAUUUAAUUGAACAUCAAAAAUAUAGUCAAUUGUAUUGUGUUAAAAAAAAUAAUAAUGAUAAACCAGAUAUGAGAUAUUAUUAUUUGGGUAAUAGUAAUUUAGCAGUCUCUGAAAUAUGCAUAGGUACAAUGAAUUUUGGUAAUUAUGUAAAUGAAAAAUUAGCACAUGAAUUAUUUGAUUAUGCAUAUGAGGAAUUCCAAGUAAAUUUUUUUGAUACAGCAGAAAUAUAUCCCUUACCUGUUAAUGAGAAUUUGUAUGGUUUAUCAGAAGAAAUAUUAGGAAAUUGGUUAGAAUCCAAAGGAAAAGCAAACAGACAUAAAUUUGUUAUAAGUACUAAAAUAUGUGGUAGAACUAACAAAAUUCCAUGGCUUAAAAAAUAUAAGACAAAAAAAUUGGAGGAAAAAAAAAGAGAGGAAGAGAUAAAAAAAAAAAGUGAGCAAUCUUUGCUAUCAUCCAAUGGAGAGAAUAAUUUUAAUAGUAAUGGUCCUGAGAAAUUAUAUAAAUUAAAAAAGAAGGAAGAAUUAUAUUUAAAAAAAGAUUAUGAAAUGAUAAACAAACUAGAGGAGAUUGAAAAAUAUAAUGAUGAUAAUAAUCUUAUAACAUUAACAAAAGAAAAUAUAAUAUCCAGUGUAGAUGAUAGUUUAAAAAGAUUAAAAACUAAUUAUAUUGAUUUAUUACAAUUGCAUUGGCCUGAUAGAUAUUACCCAAAUCAAUCUUCGGGAGAUUAUAGUGAUGUAUUAUUUGAUUAUAAUAAAUAUUAUGAUGAUUUUGUUCCAUUUAUAGAACAAUUGCAGGCAAUAGAUGAAUUAAAAAAAAAAGGAAAAAUAAGAGAAUGGGGAUUGAGUAAUGAAACUCCUUUUGGUUUAUUAAAAUUUUAUGAAUUAUGUAAAAAUUUGCAUAUAUCUCCACCUGUAUCUAUACAAUUAGAAUAUAAUUUAUUAUGUCGAAAUGAUGUAGAAAAAGGAUUUUUAGAAAUUUCAAGACCACAAAAUACUAAUAUAUCUAUUUUAGCAUAUUCUCCAUUAUGUGCUGGUAUUUUAACGGGGAAAUAUUUGGAAUAUACCGAUUAUACUACCAAGGGAAGAAUGCAAAAGUUUCCUUCUUAUAUGAAAAGAUUAAGGGGGUCUUUAGCUACAUAUAUUAUUAGAGAAUUAUAUUAUUUAAGUCAGAAAUAUUAUUUUCCUAAUUUAACAGUAGCUGCAUUAAAAUGGGUUUAUACAAGAUCAUUUAUUACUUCUACUAUUAUUGGAAUUUCUGAUUUUUUACAGUUAAGAGAAAAUUUAUAUUCAUUAACAGACAAUUUUUUAUUUACGGAUAAGCUGGAAAGAGAAAUAAAUGCUUUGCAUUGGAAAUUUAGAGAUCCAAUAAGAAUAAUACAAUAA